AUAGCGAUAUCAAUCACGGUUAUUUUCUCAGUUUAAAAAUUACGAGUGCGUGGGAAUGUAUAUGUUAACGUUAAUUUUAAUUUCUAUGUAAUAAAUAUGGCUUUGUCUGAAUUUAAGGAACUUAUUAGCGGCUUAGCCGUCGUUACAACAGUAUUGAAUUUUUUGGCUGGAAUGUUGGUUUGCAAGCAAUAUGUGGUUAAUAGAUCUACAGCCGAAACAUCGCCACUGCCUUUUCUUACCGGUGUUCUGGCAUCAGCCUUGUGGCUCAUGUAUGGGAUUACCAAGGACGAUAGUAAGAUAAUACUAGUGAACACAAUAGGAAUAACACUCAUGACAUUGUAUUCUCUUGUGUUCUAUAUGUAUACCUACAAGAAGUCCACUACAUUUAAGCAGAUGGUCUUUACAAUGGGCUUGCUUGUUUCGUCUGUAGGAUAUUUAAGAUUUGAGGAGGAUAAAGAAAUUCUUCUUGGCCGACUGGGAACAGUUGCAUGCCUCGUCACACUGCUGGCAAUAGCUGCUCCAAUGAGCAAGCUGUUCUAUGUGUUAAAAGUGAAGAGCACAGAAUGUCUCCCGUUCCCUAUGAUCCUCAUGUCAUUCUUCGUGUCGAGUCUCUGGUUCCUGUAUGGUGUUAUAGAGGAAGAUAAUUAUUUAAUACUACCAAAUAUAGUCGGCGCGGGGCUUUCGGUGUUCCAGCUUUCGCUGUUCGUUGUCUUCCCCCGGACGCCUCCUCUCUUGCCUAAGAGCGUGUUAGCGUAAUCUACAGACUAACAGGCUAAUGAAUACCUGUUGUGCUGAGAAUGAUGUAAGUUUUUCUAUGUUUUACUAAUAGGUGUUAGGGCAUUACUAUGGCUGUGUUGGCUGUUUCCUAGAGACUAUGAUGCACUUCGCACAUAGCAUACAUACUAUUAGCGUGCGUAUCAUUUAGUACCAGAAAAAAAAUUGGCAGGCACUUUUUAGUAGGUUGGCAAAUCAGGUUUUAGGUUACUUUCCGUUCAUGUCUUCUCGGAUAUGGGUAAAUAUGGUAUCAAAGGAUAUUAUACUGAAUGCAUUGAUACCAAAUAUACCCAUAUCCGAGAUGACAUGAGCGAAAAUCAAUUUCUAGAGGACUUCUAGACAAAAAAACGACUCACUUAAUUUGUGAAAUAUUGUAACACCUUAGUGAGUAUUGCCAAUAUAAUAGCAAGCUUGAAAUGAAAAAGGCAUUAAAACAAAUGUUAUAAAGGGAAUUAUGUGACUAACUAUUAAAAAGUUAGAAUAGAAUAGAAUAGAAUUUCUUUAUUUGCCAGAAUACGUGUAUAAGUUGACAACAGAAAAGGUUUACAUGUAUCAGUAUUCAGUCGAGGACACGACAUGCAAAUAAUUGACAAUUUAAUAAUUUUAACAUAAAAUAAAAGUACAAUAUAGAAAAUAUUACGACAGAAAUGAAAACAGUGGGUAAUUUUUCCUGUUAAAAAAACUAAUAAUAAGUUGGUAACAAUUUGAAUAUUAAAUAAUAAAAGAUAGGUUAGAUACGCAUUUGAGUUCAUUCUUAUUCUUGAUGACAAUUUUUAAAGAUCUCUGAUUCUGAUCAAGCAGAUAUAAUUUGUUACUUGUAGAAUUUGAGUAGUUACUAAUGCCCAAUAUAGACGGUUCAAGAAGUUGUAUGCGAUUUUCGUUACAUUGCGAUAUUUGGUCGAUCGUCUGAAUUCAUUGUACUCCGUAGUUAGCAGUGUAUCGAAUAUUGCAGGCAAGUUAUUGAACCGUCUAAAUGGGGCUUAACAUAUAUUUUUAUAGUUGUCAGUUAAUAUUUUUAUGUCCAUGACAUAACAUAAAGUACCUAUUGCUUAAUUGUAUGAAAAAAAGCUUUGGUACGAUCUGAUUGAGUGAUCUUCCAGGUAAUAGAAUAGAAUAGGAUUAUUCUAAUGUGUAAUAAUAUAUUUAAAAAAAGUCAAUUAUACAGAGACUAAUUAUUUAAUAUAACUAUAUAUUUUGUGUUGUUUGAUAUUUUAAUGAAUCAUUCAAAUAAUUUUUAACUAUGUGUAAGCAUGUAGUGCUAGUUUAGGUGACAAGGAUUGUAUUUUAAAUAAUUGACAUUUAUUACCUUAAAGCUGCCUUCCACUUAGGCGGAGAUGAGAGGAGUCGUGUGGGAAUCAACCAAUUGGUUGUAAUCCAGCGGAGCGGAGAAGAAAUGUGGAUUGCUAUUGGUUGAUUCUCGCACGUCUUCUCUCAUCUCCGCUCACUAACGCCUCAGUGGGAAGGCAGUCUAAGUGUUUUAUAGUUUGAUCAAUUCCCAUUAUAGGUGUUAUCAAUCAAUCAAUCAAAACACUAGCUGUAAGCAGUGAACGGAAGUGUGAGAUAUACAUAUCAUACAAUAAAUUUAUGCUAAUACCUAUGCCCGUGGCGGCGUAAUUAUGGUUGUCUAUAAAGUAAUUAUGAAUUAUUAACUCAUCAUAUUAUAUUGUCAAGUAGUAAAAAAAGAAAAAGCGCUGGUGGCCUAACGGUAAGAGCGUGCGAUUUUCAAUCCGAAGGUUCAAACCCCGGCUCGUACCAAUGAGUUUUUCGAAACUUAUGUACGAAAUAUCAUUUGAUAUUUACCAGUUGCUUUUCGAUGAAGAAAAACAUCGUGAGGAGACCAAUAAGGCCUUGUUUCCCCUCUGGGUUGGAAGGUCAGAUGGCAGUCGCUUUCGUAAAAACUAGUGCCUACGUCAAUUCUUGGGAUUAGUUGUCAAGCUAACCCCAGGCUUCCAUGACCCGUGGCAAAAAUGCGGGGAUAACGCGAGGAAGAAGAUAUGUAUUGACAAGUAAUAAAUACCUACGUACAAAGUAAAUUAUUUUAGUAGAAUAUUUCAUUUCAUUUUUCAUUUUUAUUUAUUCAUAAACAAUAAUACAUUGUGUUUGAAUGUUUACAUUAUUAAAUAAAACAUGCCUAUAUACAAAUAAUUUACAAAUUAAAUAAUUUCAUUUAUUAGGUAUACUUUACUGUGGUGCUGUGCUAUAUGGGUAAUAUUUUCAGUGAAUUGUUACUACUUUUAAAUAAAUGUUGACUUUAUGUUAAAGAUUUGUAAUUGAUAAUGAUAAAACAUUAAAUAUUUUUUGACUUCAAUUUAACACUGCCUACACUUAUAUUUUUUAUCGGAAUGUAAGUAAAAGUUUUAUAGCUACCCUAAUGUAAAUUCCAAAAGGAAUCUAAAUUUAUAUAUUUUUUAACAGUAUCACCCAUUUAUCAUGCUUACCAUUUUACUCUUUAUUAUUACACCGUUCGGUACUAAAGUAAUUUAUUAUCAUUGAUCAAUAGUGGGCUGUAAGGGAUUAGUUUCAUAAAAUUCCGUCUGUCUUUUGUCAAUGUCAUGUUACUUCAAAUAUAGUCCGUCGCGCGUCGCUGGCGACGCCCAUGAAGCUUGGCCCGACUAUCGGGAAUACAUGCAGUCUAACGGAUCCUUAUAAAACUAAGCCUACAAAUAACAAUAGACAAUGAACCGUUGAUUCUUAAAAACUACCUAUACAAUGUUUAUUGUUAGACAUUAUGUUAAAGGUUAAAGGGUGGUUAAUGUUCGCAUUUACUACAGUGUAUGCCUCAAAAAAUAACAGAACAGCCAAACUAUAUAAUAUAGGUCAUUAUCCCUGUUAAUUGUUACAAUUUUAAAAUAAAAUUUUGGAAUUACAUAAA